CCUAGGUCUUGGGUAGAAAAUACUCACACAUUUUCAAUUACAAAUAGAUUAAUUAACUUAGGUUAGCUUAAUAUUGCUUUUUAUUUAUUUUUUUUUACAAACGUAUUUAUUUAAUAAUUAUUAUGGCGGAAAAAUUGAGGAGAUAUGAAAAAAUUGAUUUUCUUGGAGAAGGACAAUUUGCUACGGUAUACAAAGCGAAAGAUACAGAAUUAGAUCAAAUAGUUGCAGUUAAAAAGAUCAAAGUUGCUAGUAGAGCGGAAGCUAGGGAUGGAAUUAAUCGAACAGCAUUACGAGAAAUAAAAUUACUACAAGAUUUAAAACAUGACAAUAUUAUUGGGCUACUAGAUGUGUUCGGUUAUAAAUCCAAUGUGUCUCUAGUCUUUGACUUCAUGGAUACAGAUUUAGAAAUAAUAAUAAAGGAUACAAAUAUUGUACUGACACCAGCCCAUAUAAAGUCUUACAUGAUACAGACUCUACAAGGAUUAGAUUAUCUACACUACAAUUGGAUUCUUCAUCGUGAUUUGAAGCCAAAUAAUUUAUUGGUCAACGAACAAGGAAUUCUAAAAAUUGGUGAUUUUGGUCUAGCUAAAUUUUUUGGGUCACCCAAUAGAAUAAAUACCCACCAAGUUGUUACUAGAUGGUACAGAGCACCUGAGCUGCUAUAUGGAGCUAGAUUAUAUGGAACUGGAGUUGACAUGUGGGCUAUUGGUUGUAUAUUAGCGGAACUAUUAUUACGUGUACCAUUUUUGCCAGGAGAAUCUGAUUUAGAUCAAUUGACUAAAAUAUUCCAGACACUAGGAACUCCAACGGAAGAAACUUGGCCAGGAAUGACUGAAUUAACAGACUUCAUUCAAUUUAAACCUUUCGUCGGAACACCUCUGAAACAUAUUUUUACAGCUGCCGCUGAUGAUCUACUAGACCUAAUUGCAAGCCUGUUAAAUAUUAAUCCAGUAGAAAGAUGUACUUGUAGUCAAGCUCUUCAGAUGCCCUAUUUUAGUAACAAACCAGCACCUACCCCCGGUGAUAAAUUACCUCUGCCUUUAAGCGUAAAAAGACUGAAAGAAAACAGACCGAGUCUCAAACGAAAGUUACUUGAAAAUAUUGAUGGCGGAACUCUAGCUAAACGUUUACAAUUUUAAUGUAAAAAUAUUUUACAAACUACAAUGUCAUUAGUUAAAAAUUUAUUAAUACAAAAUAAUGAUUGUAAUGAAUGUUGUGUGAAUGAAUAGUUUAAUUAAAUAAUUAAAUUAUAUUUUUAGAAUUUAAUUUUGUAAUAAAUAAUUCAAGUGAUUUAA